GAUGAACAGUUAACUGCUAAUCAUUGUCUUUUCGUCUUUGUCUACCCUUGCUUCCCAAUAUAGAUCAAUUAUGUACAUGCACAUGCUGGUAUAGCUACAAACUAUUUUAAUUAAAAUUUUUUUAAUGUUUUAGAGGUUUAAUUAAAUUAUAGCAUGCUUUAAAACCACGACAAAAAAUGGCUCUAUUUCUCUUGUUCUUUCUCUUUGCUGUUUCUCUUCGUCUCGUGUUUGGUGACUCCAGCACUACUUCAGACCUUCUCUGGCCCCAACCCUCUCAGCCUAAAUUUGGUACUGAGGUCUAUGAGGUAGACUCUGGAAAUUUUGUUUUUAAUACCACCAGUGCUAGCACUCUCCUUAAAUCAGCCAUGGACAGGUACUAUGUGAUCAUAUUCCAGUCUCCUGCUCCUUUCUUUCCUUCUGGUGGAGCCACCCAACCAAAGGGACCUCUAACAACACUUUAUAUAACUGUGCACAGUACAGAUGAAUCUCUGAAUCUGAAUACUGAUGAAUCAUAUUAUUUAAAUGUUGGUGGUAAUGGUGCAUCCAUAACAGCUACUACUGUGUUUGGAGCAAUGAGAGGACUUGAAACUUUUAGUCAACUCAUUUAUCACAGGCCAGAUGGAGGACUGGCUAUAAACGAAGUGACGGGAAUCUAUGACAAACCAAGGUUUCAAUAUCGUGGGAUAUUGAUUGACACCUCCAGACACUUCGUUAAUCUCCACACAAUACUAACUCAUCUUGAUGCAAUGGUGUACAGCAAGUUUAAUAUACUCCAUUGGCAUAUUGUGGAUGAUCCUUCUUUUCCUUAUGAAUCAUACACCUUUCCUGACCUAGCUGCUAAGGGAGCAUUUGAUCAUGAGCACAUUUAUACACAAGAAGAUGUGAAGACUGUUAUUAAUUAUGCUUAUGAACGUGGCAUAAGAGUUAUACCUGAAUUCGAUACUCCAGGUCAUACUCAGUCUUGGGGUGCUGGACAGCCUGAUCUAUUGACUCCUUGUUAUGCCAAUGGCCAACCAAAUGGUGAAUAUGGUCCUGUUAAUCCAAUCCUAAAUUCUACUUGGACAUUCUUGACUUCUCUUUAUCAGGAAAUUGAUAACGUUUUCCCUGACAAUUACAUCCAUUUGGGAGGAGAUGAAGUCUCAUUCACUUGCUGGCAGGGUAAUCCUGAUAUACAAGCAUGGAUGAAGAAAAUGGGGUACACUGAUUAUGCUAAACUUGAGGAAUAUUAUGAAAACAAUUUGAUUGAUUUGGUCAAUAAACUGAAUAAGAGUUAUGUUGUGUGGCAAGAAAUAUUUGACAAUGGACUAAAGAUCAAAAUGGAUACAGUUAUUGAUGUGUGGAAGACAGGCUGGGAGAAAGAAAUGGAUGCAGUAACUAAAGCUGGUUAUAAAGUUAUCCUAUCAACCUGUUGGUAUCUGAACCGCAUUAGUUAUGGAGAAGACUGGAAAGAUUAUUACAGUUGUGACCCUCAAAAUUUUAAUGGUACUGAUGAUCAAAACUCUCUAGUAGUCGGUGGCCAUUCUUGCCUCUGGGGAGAACUUAUUGAUUCUACUAACUUUAUGUCAAGAAUGUGGCCAAGAGCAUGUGCAGUGGGUGAGAGGUUAUGGAGUCCAAAGACAGUCACUGAUGUCAAUGAUGCAAGGACUAGGUUGUUGAAUCAACGCUGCAGACUACUGACUCGUGGUAUUCAGGCUGAACCAGUUGGUCCCAGUUAUUGCAAUGACGAGUGGCAUGGACCUUGAAGCAAUUAUUGAUGAACAACUGCUAAUCAUUCUCUUUUUGUCUAUGUACCUGUAGCCAAUUAUAAGCUUUUUUAAAAUG